AUGGACUAUCGAGACCUAAUUUCAGAGAAAAAGGAUGAAACCCAACUUUUAAAAAAGCUUGUACUUUAUCCUCUUCUUACAGGAUUUGUGUAUGGGACUGGUCACUUUCUAGCAUACUUAAUUGUGAACUAGAAGUUCUUCAUUCCGUUGAAGAGAGCAACAAAGUGA